AUGGGUGAUAAUAAAUGCAAGAGAUGUAAGAAGAGCGUUACUACAGGACUAACAUGUGUUAUUUGUGGAGUUGUAUCGCAUCCUAGUUGCUUAAAAUCUGUAAAACAUGCUGUAAUAAUUGAUGAUAACACAUGUAAUUGUUGCUCAGACAAUUCCAGCGAACAAAUACCACCAUCUGUAAGUCAUAAGCCAUCAUAUUCAAUUUCUGAAUUAGAAAUGAAAGUAAAAUUUCUUGAAGAGAUUAUAAGAAACAAAGAUAUGAUUGUAUACAAUCAAGAAAUUGCUAUUAGGUCAUUACAAAGCCAAGUUGAUUUGCUGAAACAAGGAUCUAUUGUGAACACGUCCACAAAAAUAAAUAAAGCGGAAUCUCAGCCAACCGUUUUUCAUCCAAAUAAUCGUAACACGGCAAUUCACGAACCUCAAGGAAAUUCAUCAAAACCUGCUUUCACCAGCACGGUAGUAUCGUCCGCUAUUGCCAAUGCUCACGCAUCAAAUACAUGCCAUAAUUUAAUUCAUAUGAACAAAGACUCCACCUCUCAUAGCGAGUUUUACAAUCUGAAAGCUAAAAAACUAACAAAAAAGUUGUUGACUGGAAAUAUGAAUGCUGACUCAAGUUUUAACCUAAAGGCAUCAAUCACACCAGAAAUGAAAUAUCUGCACUCUACUAAGUGGGAUCCCAACACCGUGGAAGAUGAACUGUCAAAAUAUCUGCAAAAAAUUAGUAAAAUUUGCAUAAGAUGUAGUAAGCCAGUUGGUACAGGAUUAAGAUGUGUGAGAUGUGGCACUCUGUCGCACAAAAGCUGCUUAAAAUAUAUAAAAGCCCAAUUUAUUGAUGAUUGCACUUGCAUUUGCUGUUCUGACGCUACAAUAGGAGCAGUAGGAAAUAGUCAAAUUCAAUCUAAUACUACCAUUGACAACAAGGCUCAAGAUGGUCGCGAAGAUAAUAUAGAAAAUAAAAUAUUAAUGGAAAGGAUGACUUAUUUAGAAAAGAUCAUUAAAGAAAAGGAUGACACAAUUAAAUUCCAAAACAUCUCUAUACAGUCAUUGCAAGAACAAAUAUCACUCAUGAAGAGGGUAAAUGAAAUUUUCAACAACAAGGCAACAUUGGAAACUUCGUUAAUCAGCCAUCAGACUGCAGCAAUCUCAGGACACACCAAAAAGAGCGAAGAAAAAUAUUCAGGAGACGUGCCACCGCAAGCCACCGUUAACUUGAUCAAGCCACAAGAAAUCAGAGCUGCUAUACAUAAAGCACAGGGUUCACGAAUUUGCGAAGAUAUUAUAAACUCCGAGAACAACAUGACAUUCUCACAGACAUCCAGGAGGAACGUCAAACCCAGAAAUAUUUUAGUUGGAAACGGUGGAAAUGCAGGUAACUGUCCUUUUAAAUCAGCUCCCAAUAAACAUCUUAGACAUUUCCACAUUACUAAUAUGGAAAAAAAUGUAGAGUCAACAGGAUCUUCAGUUUCAGUUGUAUUAAAUAAUUUUGAACAGUAUAACACUAGACAUGUAGAUUAA